AUGAACGUUGGUUGCAAUGAAAGAGAUCGAGAAACUCUUGAAAUCUUCAAGAGAAGCAUUGAAGAUCCUUCGAAGCUACUCUCUUCUUGGUCUACUGAACAAGAUUGCUGUCACUGGUUUGGAGUUCACUGUGAUAACCUCACAAGAAGAGUCACAAAGCUGGACCUCUCGCGUAAUUACUCUGCUGGUAAACGAUUCGGAGGUCAGAUAAACAUGUAUGUUCUGAAACUAGAAUUCCUCACCUUCUUGGAUUUGCAUUAUAAUGACUUCAAUGCUAUUUAUGUUCCCCCCAUUCAUAACCCGUCAAUGAUUUCAACCAUCCACCAUGGUGCAAACUUCUCCAAUCUCGUUUAUCUUGAUCUUUCACAUAACUAUGGCCUCAAAAUCUAUGAUCUUAGAUGGGUUUCACAGUUAUCUUCUCUGGAGUAUAUUGACCUCAGCUAUGCUGAUCUCUCUGAGGAAACUCUUUGGCUUCAACGGGUUAACACGCUGCAUUCACUUAGGGAGUUACGACUAAGUGAUUGUCUCUUGGGAAGCAUUCAACCAUCUCUUGAGCAUGCUAAUAAUUCUUCUUCCCUCGAGAUUCUUGGUGCAAACUUCUCCAAUCUCGUUUAUCUUGAUCUUUCAGAUAACUAUGGCCUCAAAAUUGAUGAUCUUAGAUGGAUUUCACGGCUAUCUUCUCUGGAGUAUAUUGACCUCAGCAAUGUUGAUCUCUCUGAGGAAACUUUUUGGCUUCAACGAGUCAGUUCGCUCCCUUCACUUAGUGAGUUACGACUAAGUAAUUGUUCCUUGAAAAGCAUUCAACUAUCUCAUGUGCUUGUCAAUUCUUCUUCCCCGGCGGUUCUUGGUGGAAACUUCUCCAGUCUUGUUUAUCUCGAUUUUUCACAAAACUAUGACCUAAUAAUCAAUGAUCUUAGAUGGGUCUCGCGGCUUUCUUCUCUGACAUAUCUAAACCUCAGCAAUGCUGAUCUCUCUGAGGAAGCUCUUUGGCUUCAACGGGUUAACUCGCUCCCUUCACUUAGGGAGUUACGACUAAGUGAUUGUUCCUUGAAAAGCAUUCAACCAUCUCUUGAGCACGUCAAUUCUUCUUCCCUAGAGGUUCUUGAUAUUUCUCGCAAUGAUUUUCACUCUGAGGUUCCUAAAUGGCUAUUUAACUUAAGUAGCAGUAUUUCAUCUUUAGACCUUAGCUUCAAUUAUCUUAAAGGUCAUUUACCUGAUGAACUGUCCAAUUUUAGGAAAUUGAGAAGCUUAGUCUUGAGGACCAAUAAUUUCGGUGGAUCAAUUCCAGAGUGGCUGGGACAAUACAAGCAGUUAGAGCAUCUUGAUCUUUCUGGUAAUUAUUUUUCUGGUCCCAUUCCUGAAACCUUGGUAAAUAUAUCGUCACUGGCAUAUUUACAUGUUGGGUGCAAUUUGCUAAAUGGGAGUCUUCCAAAGUCUCUUGGGCAACACUCAGAAUUGCAACUCUUUCAUGCUGGGAGUAAUUUGUUAUCAGGUUCUAUUUCUCCUUUCUUCUGCCAAGCCAUGACACGGAAUACAAAAUUGAUGGCUCUAAGACUGAGUCACAAUCAUUUUAGUGGCAGUAUUCCACCCCAAAUUUGCCAACUUCCUAGUCUCCUUAUCUUAGACCUGGCUAACAACAAACUUUCAGGUUCAAUUCCAACAUGCUUGGCUAAUACCGCUACUUUCUCUAUUCAACCCCUUUUUUCUCACUAUCAUGAUCACAAAAGGAUUGGUCAAGAUUCUUCAAGGAGUUAUGGGGAAUAUCAGCAUUUAAUUUACAGAGACUGCAGUGAAUCCGACGAUUCUCUUUCGGUUAUCGUUGAUGACAUUGUUUCCUCUAUUGACCUCUCAAUGAAUAGCCUUUCAGGAACAAUACCUCCAGAAUUGUUUAGGUUACGUCAUUUACUCCAUUUAAAUUUAUCGCACAAUGGUUUGACGGGGAGCAUCCCAGAUGAGAUUGGGCAUAUGGAAAGUCUAGAGCAGCUUGACCUCUCAAGGAACCAACUUGUUGGAGAAAUUCCUCGAAGUUUUUGA